GGCCAGCGAGGGAGACCCGCCUUUUCGUUCCUCCCCUCGGCGGGGCCGGUGCCGGUUUACGUAACGCCUCUUCGGGCGAAUUCCGGCUUGGUCCCGCCGCCUGACUUGGGACGGGUCGCCAGAGGCCCCGGCAGGUCCUGCUGGGGAUUUACAUCUGGCUUCAAUGUGAAAUUAAGGUAGAAAAAUGCACAUAAACAUGUGUUUCCUGUUAAGAUUUAGUAUACUCUGGUUAUGCCUGAAGAGUGGGUCUUGUCUUUAGACUGUUAACUGCCAGCAAAUAUAAAUGAUUGUCCUAGAUGUCAAGCGUGUCUCCUCUGUACUGGAGUGAAAAUAUCCACCUCCAGGUUCCCACGGAAUAUCAUCUACAGAAAAUGCUUCAUGUUCUAAGGAUGAAAGCCACCUAGAUUCAUGCACCUAGUCUAUACAGUUGUUGUGGAUGGUUUGCCAUCUGAAAGCUCCUCAAGCUCCUGUCUGGGUCCUGUAUCUGUUUCAGAAAUGUCUCUGCUUCAGGCUUUGGGCCCUGUGCAGACUUGGCUGGGACAAGAGCUAGAAAAAUGUGGCAUUGAUGCCAUGAUUUAUACUCGCUAUGUCCUCAGUCUUCUGCUGCAUGAUAAUUAUGACUACGAUCUGCAGGAACAGGAGAAUGACAUCUUCCUGGGCUGGGAAAAAGGAGCUUACAAAAAAUGGGGGAAAAGUAAGAAAAAGUGCUCUGAUCUUACACUAGAAGAAAUGAAGAAACAGGCUGCUGUUCAAUGUCUUCGCUCUGCUUCUGAUGAAAGUUCUGGGAUUGAGACAUUAGUUGAGGAACUUUGUUCCAGGCUAAAAGAUCUCCAGAGUGAACAAGCGGAGGAGAAGAUUUCAAAAAGACUUGAGGACUCUUUGCCUCCUGAAAUAGAUUUAUCUCCAGCAGCAAAAGAUCAAGUAGAAAUGUAUUAUGAGGCUUUUCCACCUCUUUCCCAGAAACCAGUUUGCCUGCAAGAAAUCAUGACUGUGUGGAAUAAAUCCAAAAUGUGUUCUUACUCCAGUACCUCCUCAUCUUCCACUGUCCCAGCAACUAGCACAGAUACAUCAUCUCCAAAGGACUGCAUUAGUGAAAAUGAAGCAUCCAAAGAGAGAAAUAGUAACAAAGCAUCUGUAACUAUACAGGAGAGAGCCACAGAGAAGAAUGACAAAGAUGAAAAAGAGAAUAAAUUUGGAAAUCGUAUUGAAGGAAAAUCUGUUUCAUACAAAAAGCAAUUCCGACAUAAAUCUGAGGGGAAGAUACGUCUUCGAUCCUGGUCUUCUGGCUCCAGUGAAGAAGGUUCAAAUUCUAGUGGCAAUCAUGGUGAAUUAAAAGCAGCUACAAAAUAUGUAAAAAUAAGGCAUAAAACAAGGGAGGCUCGGGGUAAAAAAGGAUGGAAUGGACAAAGUAAGUAUUUGCCAAAAGCUGGUGAAAAAACUGAAAGGAAAAUUCCUGGCAGCAGCAAUGGCUCCAUCAAGCAACUAUAUAAAAGAGGUAAACGGCCAUUAAAAGAAAUUAGACGAAAAGAAGGUGGAAACCAUGAGAGAAAAGAGCUAUAUUUUGAUAGCAGGAAUGAAACUGAGUAUAAGGAAGAGCCUUUGUGGUAUACUGAGCCAAUUACAGAAUAUUUUGUUCCCCUGACUAGAAAAAGUAAGCUUGAGACGACAUACCGCAACAAGCAAGAAGAUGUAUGUGAUGCAACAUCAGAGGCUGUAGAAGAAUUAGCUGAAUCAGUGCAAGGUCUUUGCAUUAGUAACAACAAUAAUAUUAAUAAAACAUACCUCGCAGCAGGUACUUUCAUUGAUGGUCAUUUUGUGGAAAUGCCUGCCGUUUUAAAUGAGGAUAUUGGCCUCACUAGGACCUCAAUAUGUUCUCCACCAGAGGACGAUAUACAUUUAGAUGGUGUUCAUCUGUCAGAACUAACACACUUCUAUGAAGUGGAUAUUGAUCAAUCCAUGUUGGAUUCUGGUGCCUCAGGCAAGAUGCAAGGAGAAAGUCGGAUUUUGAAUAUGAUUCGGCAGAAAAGCAGAGAAGGAACUGAUUUUGAGGCAGAAUGUUGCAUAGUGUUUGAUGGAAUGGAAUUGAAAGGGGAAAGUGCAAUAUGGGCAGAUUCAGCCACCUCUGGUGCGGAAGGGUGGUUCUUGCAAGAUCUUAGUAAUUUAGCUCAAUUUUGGGAGUGCUGUUCAACUUCUAGCUCUGGUGAUGCAGAUGGGGAAAGUUUUGGGGGAGAUUCUCCUGUUAGACUUUCCCCAUCCUUAGACAGCACAAUGCUUAAUUCAUACAUGCUUGCAGGCAAUCAAGAGCUGUUUUCAGAUACUAAUGAAGGGUCUGGUUUAAAUUCUUUUUCAGUGUUUGAAGUGCAAUGCAGUAAUUCUGUUUUACCAUUUCCUUUUGAAAAACUAAAUUUGGGAAAUGAAAAUACAGAUUCUAGUAGCAAUGUUGGUAUGUUUGGGAAAACACAGUCAAGAUUGUUAAUAUGGACCAAAAAUAGUGCCUUUGAUGAAAAUGAACACUGUUCUAAUCUGUCAACAAGAACUUGUAGUCCAUGGUCAUAUUCUGAAGAAACACGUUCAGACAAUGAAACUUUAAAUAUUCCACUUGAAGAAUCCCCUCAAUUUAACUCUGAUGAUAUUAAUUAUAUAGUUCCCAGGGUAUCUUCAAGUUACAUAGAUGAAGAAAUUGUAGAUUUUUUGCAGGAGGAAACCUGCCAGGAACAGACAAGAUCUUUAGGAGAAAUACCUACUUUAAUUUUCACAAAAAAGUCAAAAUUAGAAUCUGUCUGUGGUAUUCAGUUAGAACAAAAAACAGAAGAUAAAGAAUAUGAGACUCCACAAGUAUGUAGUGACAGUAGCCCGCAUGAAGAUGACUAUGGCUCAGGAGUUAUGAAAGAUAUCUGGACAAAUAUGACAGAUGAAAAUUCUGCAGCAAUUAUAGAAAUAGAAGGAAUAGAAGAGGAACUGUUUCCAACUGAUGUAAAUCAUUAUUGUUGCUGCUUAAAUGAUGCAAAGGUAGAAAUUCUCCAAGGUCCAAACAAAGCAGUGCAAAGAUCAGAAUACCACCUUUGGGAAGGUCAGAAAGAAAAUUUAGAGAAAAGAGGCUUUGCUUCAACCAAUUUAUCAGAAGUAGAUUGUGGAGAUUAUACUACACCCUCUAAAUCAUGGGAUGUUAACCAAGAUAAAGAAAGUUCAUUUAUUCUUGGUGGUGUGUAUGGGGAACUGAAAACUUUCAACAGUGAUGCAGAAUGGGCAAUAGUGCCCCCAAAUCACCCAAAAGGAAACUUACUACAGUGUGCAGCUUCUGAUGUAGUCACAAUAGCUGGUACAGAUGUCUUUAUGACACCAGGAAAUAGCUUUACUCCUGGUCACAGACAAUUAUGGAGACCUUUUGUAUCAUUUGAGCAGAGUGAGCAUUUGAAAUGUGGUGAUCAUGGAUUAAAUAGAGGUUUUUCUUUUAUCUUCCAUGAAGACUUGUUAGAAGCUUGCAGUAAUUUUCAAGGUGAAGAGUCUGGUCUUGAAUAUUCUUUCUCUUCCUUUGACCUAAAUAAUCCAUUUUCACAAGUUCUUCAUGUCGAAUGUACAUUUGAACCAGAAGGAAUUACAUCCUUCAGCCCUUGCUUUAAACCCAAAUCAAUCCUUUGCUCUGAUUCUGACAGAGACGCUUUUCGCCCUAGAAUAUGUGGUGCUGGGAGGACGCAGUACAGAGCAAUACGGAUUUCUCCUAGGACUCACUUUCGCCCCAUUUCUGCAUCUGAACUUUCUCCAUGUGGUGGAAGUGAAUCUGAUUUUGAAUCGGAGAAAGAUGAGGGGAAUAUUGUCUCUUCUCAAGCUGAACCAUUUGAUGAUCCACAAGCAGAUCUCAAACCACUGGAAGAGGAUGCAGAAAAAGAAGGGCAUUAUUAUGGGAAAUUAGAACUUGAGUCUGGAAAGUUCUUUCCUACAUUAAAAAAAUGUGGGAUGGAAAAGAGUGCGCAGACAUCUCUGGAUUCCCAGGAAGAAUCAUCUGGAAUAUUGCUGGUAGAAAAUGAAAGUUCUUGCUUAGAAUGCAGUAUGAAAGAUGUGCAAGAUACAAUGGCUGUGAAAAAUUCUGAAGCUAGCUGCAGUGUUGUGGAGCCACAGGAAGAAGAAGACAAGUCUUGCAGUUGUAAAGAAAGCUCAUCAGUGCAACUGAAAGAGUUUCCUGUAUUGAGUAGUGACCUUCAGAAAAUAAGCUACAAUCAAGCAAAACAGUGCUGGUGGGAGAAAGCUCUUUAUACUCCACUCUUUCCUACACCACAAUAUGAAGGUUGCCAAAAAUCUUUGAAGAAUGAAGCUCCUUUUUCAAAAUGCACUGCACUAACAUGAGCCCCACUGCUAAAAAUAUACUUCUAGGCAGGCAUAUGGAGUAAUAUCUCUGAUAUAUUCAAGUUGUACAGCCUUUAAGAUUAAAUUAUUCUGAAUGAGGAACUGAAUCUGGCUGCUCCCAGCACAGCUGAUGAAGCAUAGGCACAAUCUGAUCAAACAGUAAAUUCAUAUUAAUGAUUGUGUAGUCUUAUUUUGGGUUAAGUAUACUUUCUGUAUUAUAUCUACCGUAAUAUGCUACAGUAUUUGCAUUUUUCUGUCAUAUUAAACAUUGCAACUUGGCAACAGGUUUUGGAGAGGCUGUAAGAACCAUCUCCAAACCUUGGAGAUUAUAUAGGAUCAUGGGAACUAUGAGGAAGUGAUCUAAAAACUGUAAUAUUUCUGUCUUACAUGAAUUAGUCCUGCUUGCUUUCAUCUAUUUCAGAAUGUGCAAAGAGUAGGAGAGGAGUAAGAAAUACAAAGCCAAUUUAAAGGCAAGAGAAGAGAAAAGGAAUUAUAGCUACAGCAAGUUUAUGCCAACACUAUUCAUUAUAAUUUCAUAUUUUAUGUCUUUGCAAACUAUCUCUCAGACCACUCAACAAACCUGGGUCCAGUGAAGAACCACGCUGCAGUCAAUCAAAGUCAUUUGCAGGAAACUGGUUUAUUUGGUCUCCAGGUUUGUUGCAGACCACGCUGAGUUCAAUAAACGAUAACACAAAGUCGGCGUUGGGAGCUGCUGCAUCCCAAUGCCGUUUAAAUAGCCGCGCUAAUCAGUUCACCAAUCGGUUGCAUUUCCGGGUUGUUGACUUCACGCCCGUUGCGUGAGCUGUGGCAUCACUCGGGUGCGCCAUCAGGCAGCAGUGAGUAGCAGGAAGACCGUAUCCCGUCCGCACCAUGACCUGCCAUCUAACCAACUGCUAUCACCCCCACCACCAAUAUGUGCCCAUCCUCCCUUUUCAACCCACGGCCCGUCCACGGCUUUCCAACUGCGACUCCGGCUUCAUUCAGUGAGAUCCGUACUGUAACCCUAUCCCCGGUGUGUCGAGCGUGGCAGGUCUCGACAGGCGGCUCCCCCUACCAGGAGUCCACCUAUAAGACAUGAAAGGGUUUAGUACAGGGUUUAGUAUGUCCCUCCCUCACCCCCGAAUUUGUUUGGGUAUUUACAGUGAAAGAGUCUAUGCAAUCGUUUUGCUUUAAUGUUUUCAACUGACACCCAGGAUGCCUGUUCAAAUGGGUAGCCUUUCCAUCUUACUAGGUAUUUAAGUUUUUCCCUAUUUAUUUUGGAGUCCAGGAUGUCAUCGAUCUCAUAUUGCCCCUCCUCCAGCGGCUCAGGACGCUCAAGAGGUUCCCGUACACUCUCUAUUGGUUUUAGUAGACUGCUGUGGAACACAGGAUGUAUUUUACCCAGUAAAGGUGGUAACUUUAACUCCACGGUUACUGGGUUUAUCACUUUCGUGAUAGUGAAAGGUCCAAGGUAUUUGGGUCCUAACUUUCUGCUGGGUAUUUUUAACUUUAUGUAUUUAGUGGACACAUAUACCUGAUUCCCCCACCUGGAAAGGCUUGUGGUCCGCUCUCUUCCUGUCAGCCUGCAGCUUAUAUUCCUUUGCUGCUUUAUGUAACGCUUCCUUGACUUUCGGCCAUAGGUUUCCAAUUCGGAUCCCGAAUCGGAAACGUGGAGACACCUGUUCUUGGUCAGUCAUCUUCAGUUCAGGGAUUGCAGUGAAUUCUCUGCCAGACACUACCUGGAACAGUGUAACCCCCGUGCUAUGGUGUACGGCGUUGUUAUAUGCUACCUCAACAAAUGGUAGAAGAUCCGACCAGUCGGAUUGUUGAUAAGAUAUAUAACAACAUAAAUAUCUUUCCACCAUAGCAUUGGUCCUUUCCGCGGCCCCAUUGGUGCUAGGGUAGAAUGCCGAACUCAACCCUUGGGAGGAUCCUAUCAUGUUGAUGAAAUUACGCCAGAAUCGUGCGGUGAAUUUUUUUUUUUUAAUUUGAUUUAUAUGCCGCCCUUCUCCGGAGACUCAGGGCGGCUUACAAUGUGCUAAGCAAUAGCCUUCAUCCUUUUGUAUAUUUAUACAAAGUCAGCUUAUUGCUCCCACAACUGGGUCCUCAAUUUACCUACCUUAGAAAAAGAUGGAAGGCUGAGUCAACUUUGAGCCUGUCGAGAUUUGAACCUGCAGUAAUUGCAGGCAGCUGGUCUUAAUAACAGGGUGCUUUAGACCACUGUACUACCAAGGUUCCUGUACGCCCCUGUCCGAUAUGAUUCGACGAGGUGCUCCAUGCAAUUGGUAGAUAUGAUGUAUGAACAAUUGUGCUAACUUUUUAGUGGAUGGUAAACCACGGCAGGGAAUGAAAUGUGCUUGUUUGGAAAAAAGGUCGACUAUAGUCCAGAUUACUGUGUGCCCUUUGCUUUCUGGGAGGUCGACCACAAAAUCCAUACCUAUUUCGUCCCAUGGCCUACUGGGGUGUGCAACUGACUGUAGCAACCCAAGUGGUUUACCCAGCCGUGCUUUUGUUGUCGCACACACUUUACAGCUUUUCACAUAUUGUUCGACAUCUUUACGCAUACGAGGCCAUCAAAAUUGUCUUCUGGUGAGAUGUAAUGUCUUGAGAAAACCAAAAUGCCCUGCAAACUUUGUAUCAUGACAUCAUUUCAAUACUGUUGCUCGCAAAGGUUGAGGUAUAUACAACUUUGUUCCCAUCCACACCAACCCAUCACAAUGGGUCACCGAAGUUAUAGGUUCAGCAAUCCAUGGAUCACGACUCACCUCAUGUCGUAAUUCCUCAUACCACGAAGGGAUUGGUUCUUUGUUAUAUGUCCGACCUGCAUGUUGUCUAUUUGGUAUAAUGGCCUGUACAACAUCCUCCCUUUUAUUAAAUUGAGGCAUGUGCGACAAUGCAUCAGCUAAAAAAUUCCACCCCCCUGGAACAUACUUCAAAUCAAAAUUGAACCGCUGGAACUUCUGCACCCAACAUACCUGUUUUGGUGACAAUCUCCUAGGGGUUUGGAGGGCCUCUAAAUUUUUAUGGUCUGUCCAGACCUCGAAUUUAUCGCCAAUAAAUUCUAGUAGAUGUCGCCAAGUGAGCAAUGCCCACCUGACCUCAAAUGCCUCUUUCUCCCAAAUAGCCGAACCUCGUUCCGUAGGCAUCAAUUUGCUUGACGUAUAAGCACAGGGAUAUAAUUUCCCCUCUUUGGUUCUUUGUAACAACACAGCACCGACGGCUAUGUCGCUAGCAUCUGCUUGUACAAUAUAUUGUAAAGCGGGAUCUGGGUGUCUGAGUACGGGUUCCUGGGAAAAUAGACUCUUCAGCUGCUCAAACGAUUGUUGGCAUUCAGGUGUCCACAACAACAGCUGUCCCGGCCUCGCUUUGCCUCCAGUAUGUUUGUUCCGUAAUAGAUCAGUUAAAGGGAGAGCUACCUGGGCAAAGGCUGGGAUAAACUGUCGAUAAAAAUUCACAAAUCCAAGGAAACUCUGCAAUUGUUUUCUUGUCUUUGGCGCUUGCCAUUCUAAUACUGCUGACACUUUUUUCGGAUCCAUUUCUAUCCCAUCUCCUGAAAUGCGAUCCCCUAAAUAAUCUACUUUCGUGCAGUGAAAUUCUCACUUUGACAGCUUUACAAACAAUUUUGCUUGUAGUAGUUUGGUUAAUACCUGUCACACCAAUUGUGUAUGCUUCUCCAUGGUCUUGGAAUAUAUUAAAAUGUCGUCCAGGUAGACGAGGACGCCUCGAUAUAAGUGUUCAUGCAGGACUUAAUUAAUAACCUGCAUGAAGACAGCUAGGGCUCCCUGCAAUCCAAACGGCAUUACUCGAAAUUUGAAACUACCUAAAGGACAGUUGAAUGUGGUUUUCCACUCAUCACCCGGGCAUAUCCAUACUCUAUAAUAGGCCUCUCGCAAAUCCAGUUUGGUGAACACCUUCCCUGUGGACAACAUAGCUAGGAGGUCUUUCAUCAAUGGCAAAGGGUACAGGUAUUCAACACAAGUAGCGUUCAGACCCCAAAAGUCCAUACAGAGACUUAGGCCUCCAUCCUUCUCUCGGAACAGAACCAGUGCAGCCAUAUGUGCUCGACUGGGUUGGCUAAAACCCCAGGCUAAGUUCUUAUCUAUGUAUCUACAAAGUUCGUUUAACUCCUUUUGGGUCAUCGCAUACAUGCACAGUUUCGGUAAUUUGGCCCCAGGGAUUAACUCUAUGGCGCAGUCGGUUGCUCUGUGAAGUGGUAGCACCUCAUGUUCCUCUUCGUUGAAUACAGCUGCUAAAUCUCUAUAGAUGUCUGGGAAGUCUACCUGCUGAGGUCCCUGUAUGCCUCUUGCUUUACCGUCACUAUGCUGUUUUGGUUGUUGGAUCUCAGGGUCCGGAUCUGGGCCCACACUAAGACGCAACUUCCGAAACCCACCUUCCCACCAUAUGGUAGGUCUCCAUUUGUCCAACCACGCCAGACCUAGUAUAACAGGUUCAACCAUCCAUUCCACCACUAUAAAGUGAAUCUGUUCUCUAUGCUCCCCUAUCUCCCAAGCGAACAGGUUCAGUAACGUACGUAGCCGGUGUCCCCCCAAGUAGAGACCCGUCCAUUUGUUCGAACUUCAUAGGGGACUUAAGUUUUACAAGAUGGAGGCCUAUGCUAUCAACCACUGUCUUACGAAUGAAAAAAAGGGUACAUCCGGAAUCUAUCAGUGCUCCCUGUUCAACUGUUGCAGAAGUACACACAUUCUGUAACACCACCGGUAUAACAAAUGGGUGUAUCGGGUUGCUUACCAUGGGAUCCUCUGGCUCACUAUUCUCACUGUUCUCCGAUGGUACCGGUAUACUUCCCCCCCCCCCAAGGGGCUCUUAGCAUCCAGCAGCAUUGAACGGGAACCAAUGGUUGGUGUUGGCAUAGUUAUCUUCGACCAGUCUGACGUAGAACAAACCUGCUCAUGUAUCUUGCCCCCUGUUGGUGGAGUCUGUGCUGGAGUAGAUUGCAAGGGAGGUAUAGGACACUCAACAGUCCGAUGGCCCAGUUGAUUGCAGCGAAAACAACGAAACGUUCCCCUCUCCCCUGCCAUUGCUUGUCUAAGUAGUGCAGGCCGCUUGCCCCAAGAUCCUUUGCCCCCACUGGUUUGGCCGCGGCAUAACAUGGUAGUUGACUCACACUGCCCACUCCUCUUGGUCGGAAUUCCCGCAACCCCACUUCUAAUUCUACUGCUGCCUUAAACCAUUCUGAUAAUCUCAGUGGCAACCCUCGAUACACAUAUGCGUGUCUCACUUCCCUAUCCAGUCCAGAUCGGAAUUGGUGUACCAGUAACCGUUCAGGCCAGAUGCGAAGCCGCCCAGCUAGAGUGCGAAACUCCUUCACAUACUCUUUGGCAGGACAUCCUCUCUGUCUCAGUGCCAUUAGUUCCCCUUCGGCCAUCUGAACUCUCGAGCUAUCCUCAAAUGUCCCCAGAAAGCCUCCAAAAACAAACCAACAUUUGCUAACUCUUUUGCAUGUUCGCUAUGGAGGUCAGCAACCCAGUUAGCUGCCUCCCCUUGUAAGACUGCAGUGAUGGCAAUUACCAUAGCCCACUGCGAUGGGUACAUACGUCCAUAUAAAUCCAUAUGACUUAAGUAUUUGGCUUAGAAAAAUCGAUACUCUGUCAGUGCUACCAUCGAAGGAGGCUUGUAUGGGCGGGGGUUCCCAAAAUUGUUAUUGUGGCCACACCCCCGGUGCCCACAUAGGUAUUUGGCAUGCGGUAUGGGUGUUCUGGUCGUCUCCUCCAUCCUGCGAUGGCUGACCUGAGUCUGUGAGCCUGCUUGGCCCGUCUCGUGACGACCUGGCUUCCAUUGCAUAUCCUGAUCUAUCCCACGCAAAGCCUCACCUGAAGAGGAGGCCCCAGGUCCUGAGAACUGCUGUUCCAUGACCUAGCCCUACUAAGCCCCUUCUCCAUACAUAACUUAGGGCUUGCCAAAUGGAAGCGAGUCUCAGUUCUACUCUGGCCACUUGCUCCCCCCCCUGCCAAGUAGCUGUUUCCCCUCCUGUAGCCCAAGGCUGCCAUGAUGACGCAUCCCUAAAGCUAGCUUCUCCAAACUUCUCUCUCAGCACGUCUAAUGUAGAAGCCCCUAGUCCGGUGGAGUAGCUCCACUCCUCCUUCGUCUUCUAUCCACUUCCUUUCCCUCCAGCCCUGGAAGACGGCUUCGUCCUGGUAAUGGGUCGGGGUUUUUGGGCACCGGGACCGGUAAGAGCUGAACUAUGCCACCAGUCACCCAAUGAAACCUUCGUCCCACUCGGCACAGGAGCGUCCUGGUCUUCAACAGUGCUCUCCCCCUGCUGAGGCUUCUUUUCCUUUGGCCUAACCACCGGAGGCUCACUGGUACUCUGGCUCUCUGGCGUUUCCAGGAUGGUGGUGUCCUCAGCCGCCUCCCCCUGAACUGGUGGAGCAGCCGUUGUGCCCUCCGUCAUCCCCUCAGCUCCUGAAUAUCCAAGAAAGCAAAAAGGAAAACACCGACUUUCUCUCAGACUGCUCAACAAACCUGGGUACAGUGAAGAACCACGCUACAGUCAAUCAAAGUUGUUCGCAGGAAACUGGUUUAUUUGGUCUCCAGGUUUGCCGCAGACCAUGCUUAGUUCAAUAAACGAUAACACAAAGUCGGCGUAGGGAGCUGCUGCAUCCCAACGCCGUUUAAAUAGCCGCACUAAUCAGUUCACCAAUUGGCUGCAUUUCCGGGUUUUUGGCUUCACGCCCGUCGUGCGAGCCGUGACGUCACUCGGGUGCGCCAUCAGGCGGCAGUGACUAGCAGGAAGACCCUAUCCUGUCCGCACCGUGACCGACCGCCUAACCAACUGCUAUCACCCCCACCACCAAUAUGUGCCCAUCCCCCCUUUUCAGCCCGCGGCCCAUCCACGGCUUUCCAACUGCAACGCCGGCUUCAUUCGGUGAGAUCCGUACUGUAACCCUAUCCCUGUGUGUCGAGUGUGGCAGGUAUCGACACUAUCCUUUUUUAUCACAUCUGUACGCAGCUUUAUAUCUUGCCUUUUCUUUUAAAAAAUUUCUAUCUCUUUUUCAGGGUCUCAUCAACUAUCCAUUCAUGACUUUCUUGAUCUUUUUUUUCUUUUUGCCCAUUCAUUCUUCCUUGAUAUUUAUUCCGCAACUUAGUACUUUUUCAUUCAUCCUGUAUGACCACAUAAACUUGAUACACUUUUUUCUUGUUGAUCAUUCAUUUUUGUAUUUAAUCUGUUAUCCAUCAGUGUUUAUUCUGAACUUAAACUCCUCUUCUUUUAACAUUGCUGAAAUACAGUGUCUCAUUUCCAUCUUAUUUCACUUCAUGUUUCUCUUGCCAUUCUCAACUCUCAUUUCCAUGUAAUAGAGGCAGAAACAUGCUCCCUUUUAAUUCUUUCAUUCCUUAUCUUUGGCCAGAUAAUACUUGCUAUCUCUCUGCACACAAUUCUCCCAUUUUAAGUAAAUAUGUUAUUUUAAGUAAGAUUUACAGUUCUCUCAUCAGAACCAUUCCAUUUUAUCUAAAAAAUAACUUCAUUCUCUUAUGUCACAAUCAGCAACCACUCUGAACUCUAUAUUUAUGUAAACUUCCCUUAAGUAAGUUGAUUUGCUUAUGUGCUUUCUCUAAAUCAGAAGACAUCCAAUAAACUUUCUUCUCACAUAUAAUUCUAAAUAAUUGAUACAUUUCCCAAUCAUUUGCUGAAUUGUACCUUUUUUUUUUUUGCUCGUUGGCAUCCCUUUUCAUCAGAAUUCUGCUAAAUACCUUUUAGACAUGCUUAACUAAUCCUCCUAUAAAUUUGCAUUCAUGUUCUUUCCCAUUCCAUAGGGAAGUAAUAACAGUAUCUUCUGUUCUUUGAGCACAGGUGCUAUUUUUUACCGAUGUGUUAAACAAGCCACACAGCUAAAGAAGACACAUUUAUAACUUAAUAUUACUCCACUUAUAUGAUCUGCAGCCUUAAUAUUUUUGUUUUGAAUAUAAUUUUAUUAAGAAUUUUAAUUACACUGGUAAAAACUAAUACAAAUUAUACUUACAGAAAGAAAAGAGAAUGGAGGGAAAAGUGAACUUUUAAAAAGGUUAAGAGUUUAAAGAGCAUUUAAAAGGCUCCACCAAGGUUGCAAGCAAGAUGGCUUAUCACAUUGUCUCCUGGUACUCAAGCCCGUGGGAAAAAAGUGUCCUGUGGUCUUCUCACAAGAAGCAGCUGCCAGAGCACAUGUGGGGUGAUCUUCUGUCCUUGUUUGGAAAGACUUCAAUAAAACUUGUCUACGAACUGGUUCCUUGGUGUUUGCCAUUGUUGGUUCCACUUUUGCAGAGUCAUCUUAAAUUCGCCAUACCUUCCCCAGAAGUUCACCUUAAUAUUUUUCAACAUUCUAACAUAAUUUAUUAUUCUUUUUCUUCAGUUGCUUCUUGUACAUUAAGUAGGAUGAAAGCCAAUUAAAAUGAAACUAUAGUCAACUUUACUUAGGAGUAUAUAGAACUCAUUAGCUGCCACUCUCUUAAUCCCUUUUGCCACACAUAGCAUAACAUGUAUAUUUACUGUUCACUUGUAAAAAGUCAUUCUGAAAUGCUAGGAAAAGAAUUGCAUCCCAGUGUUAGUAUUGUCCUGAUGUCUCUUUAAUUUCUUAGUACCCAUCAUACUUUUCCCAUUCGCCAUUGCGAUUAACUCCAUAUAUGUAAGAUUAAAAAAGAGAUCUACACUCUGGUUGGAAUGGAGCCUGAGUUUUAAGGAAGAAGCGUUUUGAAGAAACCAGGUUGGCAAAAGAAGGAUUGAACAUUUGCUACACCUUUGUAACAAAUUGUCCACAAAGGACCUAAUUACAAGCUGAAUAACACAUAUACGGUAAUUUGUAAUUAAUCUGCAGCCAUGCAGCUUCUAUCAUUUCCCAUUCCCAUUUCAAUCACUGUAGUUAUUACCCCAAAAUGAUGCUAAACUUCACAUACAGAAUUUUGAUCAUAUAUUAUAUUGUGUUUUCUUUUUCCUUGCCUUAGAUAUGCAUGGAAAGAUUUUUUUUCUUUCAUUCACUAAGAGGACAAAUUUAAUUAUAACGUAGAGAAAUCAGAAUUGAAAUAUAUUAUAAGUCAAUACUUUAUUAUAAGUCAUAGAUGCACUAAGCAUAUCAAAAGCAAUAAAAAUAGAAUACAGUUCAAUAAGAAAAUACAUCUAUUUACUAAUUAAGUUUAUAUGCCACCCAUCUCAGUUUGAGAGCAACUCUGGACAGCUUACAAUGCAAUAAAAUAAGGGAAUCAUCAUCAUCAUCAUCACCCUAGCCAUUAUCUUAUCCAAUGCAGAAUGAAGUCCUUCUGCAUGUUUCCAACCAAUAUAAUCUUGACCUUUUUUUUUGCCAAUUGGGCCCGCAAUACUUGCUGAUGUCAUCAAUCCAUCUUAUUUAGGUCUUUUUCGUGGAUGCUUUUUAUCAAGUAGAGUCCAUUCUAUGACUGCCUUAGCCCACCUGCCAUCAGUUCUUGCUAUGUGACCAGUCCAUUUCUAUUUCAGUUCUUUUACUCUCUUGAUGAUAUCGUAUACUUUCAUUUAUUCGUUAAUCCAUGUGCAGGUUUUUCUAUCUUGUCUUCUAAUACCGACUAUGUAUCUUUCCAUGGCUCUUUGUGCCACUCGUAACUUUUGUAUCAAUUGUGGGGUUAAUGUCCAUGUUUUGUUGGCAUAUGUUAGAACAGGUAGCUCUCACGGAUUGAAAACUUUUCUCUUCAGGCAUAGGGAAGGUUGUUCUUGAAAAUUAUGCUUAGCUUGCCAACCGCAUUUAAAAGGCCUUUCAAUUUCCUUUAUUGUAUCAUCUUCCAUUGAGAUCUGUUGGCCAAGGUAUUUGUAGUGAUCUACUUCAUCUAGAUCUUCUCCAGAUAUAAUUUUUUUCUUUCUUUGGUGAAUUUAUUAAACAUAACCUGGCUCUUUUUCAGGUUUAUUUUUAAGCCAAGUGGUUUUCCUGCUUUGUGCAGCUCUUGUAUAUAUCUUUGAAAGUUUUCUGGGUUUUGUGAAGAGAACAUCAUCAUCUGCAAAUCUUAAGUGAUUUAAAUAGGCACCAUUGAUUUUUAUUCCAUCUUUUGCCCAGUUUAGUUUGUGAAAUAACAGCAACAUGCAGCUGAGUAAAGACCCUAUGAAAUUCAUUAUUCAUAAACUGGGUCACUUUGAAGUGGAAGUUACUAUGUUCCAAUUGUUCUUUGGUACUUUGAACAGUUUGCUGUUCCUAUAAAGUGUAUACAGGUAAUCCUUGAUUUACAACAAUUCAUUUAGUGACCAUUAAACAUUAUGAUGGCAUUGAAAUAAGUGGCUUAUAAUUGUUUUUCACACUUACGAGCAUCCCCAUGGUCACAUGGUCAAAAUUCGGAUACUUGGCAAAUGGUUUAUAUUUAUGAUGGCUGCAGUGUCCCAAGGACAGGUCAUCAGGUUUGUGAUCUUCUGAGAAAUGAAGUCAGUGGGGAAGCCAGAUUCACUUAACUAUUGUGUUACUGACUUAACAACUGCAAAGAUUCAUUUAACAACUGUGGCAAGAAAGGUUGUAAAAUGGGACAAAACUCACUUAACAAAUGUUUCACUUAACAAAAAUUUUGGGCUCAGCUGUAAUAAGUUGAGGAGUACCUGUAGAAGAGGAUGAUGAGUUGUCUAUCUCUUAUGGAGGAUUUAAGUUUGUGUCAGAGAUUUUCCCGGGAAUUGAAUCUAUAACUCACUGCUAUAUUUGGGAGAGUAUGCCUUUUAAAUAAGAACAUAUUGUAUAUUCAUAAACCUUGAGUAUUAUUUCAUGGAUGAGUGUGUUUGUAUGUGUGAGAUAAUCUCCAUUUCAACCUGUUUUUAGUUGGGGAUAAUUGAAAGUCCUUCCAGUUUUUCUGGAAGGUUUUGCUGACCAACCUACCACAGCAAAGAUCCACAUCUACUAUGGUUAAACAGAAUUUAUGUUAGUAGCUUGGAUUUUUCACCUAAGUUGAAGGUAUAGAGUCAAAGAUAGAUAAUUACAAUUUGAGAAAGUAAUAAUUAUAAUUUUUUUCAAAUGCUUUAGGAAAUUUCAUGAAAAGGCUAUAUAGUUAUUUGUAUUAACUUUGGAAUCUGUCUAGAAAGUAAAUUUCCUUGAUCUGUUUCCCUUGGUUGCUCCAUUUAAAAUGUGAUAUUUUAUUAUAUUUUGUCUAUUUUAGCAAUACAUUAUGCAAGGCAAAGUUCAGCCUAAUUGCAUUUUCCAUCCCAAAGUUGAGGCAACUCUAAUGGUAAAAACAAAUUACAGGUAAUCCUCAAGUUAUGACAGUUCACUCAGCAACCAUUUGAAGUUAUGACAUAACCUCCCUAUUACUUAUGACCCAGUCCUGAAGUUAUGAAUAUUUCAGCACCAUGGCAGUUGUUCACCAGGCACUGCAACAUUCGCCCUCCCUAUUCUCCACCCCCCACCCCGGGUCUCCCGCAGGCACUGGGGCUGUGGAGACUCACUUACCUUACAAAGAUCUAGCAAGCCUUCAGUUUCUUUGCCUGCUUCAUUGCUUCAGGCUUUUACUGCAUUCACAGACAACAAAGGCCUAAAGUACCAUGAGAUCAAUAGCACGAGCUGGUGUUGUGUGAUCUCACACUACUUUAGGCCUCUGUUCUCUGAUAAUUGAGGCCUGGACGAGAUCUGCAGCAAAAAGCUUUGCAAACAGAGGGAAGGCUUCGGUUCUUCAGGCCUUCCCUCUGUUUGCUGUUUCCUUGCUGUAGGGGCAAGAGAUUGCCUCUCUAUAGGCUGUGGUCCU